GCGGGGCUUCGCAGCGGUCGCCCGGGUUACUGGGAGGCGGAGCCGCCGAGAGCGCUGUGGCCCGGAUGUCCGGGCGCUGCGGCCGGAUCCGCGGAAACCUACGGGCGGCGAAACCUACGGGCGGCCAAUGGCUGUCGAUAUUCAACCAGCAUGCCUUGGACUUUAUUGUGGGAAGACACUAUUAUUUAAAAAUGGCUCAACUGAAAUAUAUGGAGAAUGUGGGGUCUGCCCCAGAGGACAGAGAACAAAUGCACAGAAAUAUUGCCAGCCUUGCACAGAGUCCCCAGAGCUUUAUGACUGGCUGUAUCUUGGAUUUAUGGCUAUGCUUCCUCUUGUUUUACAUUGGUUCUUCAUCGAAUGGUACUCUGGGAAAAAGAGUUCCAGUGCACUUUUCCAACACAUUACUGCAUUAUUUGAAUGCACGAUGGCAGCUAUUAUCACCUUACUUGUGAGUGAUCCCGUCGGUGUUCUUUAUAUCCGUUCAUGUCGAGUACUGAUGCUUUCUGAUUGGUACACGAUGCUUUACAACCCAAGUCCAGAUUAUGUGACCACAGUGCACUGUACUCAUGAAGCUGUCUACCCACUAUACACCAUUGUAUUUAUUUAUUAUGCGUUCUGCUUGGUAUUAAUGAUGCUGCUCCGACCUCUCCUGGUAAAGAAGAUUGCAUGUGGGUUAGGGAAGUCUGAUCGAUUUAAAAGCAUUUAUGCUGCACUUUACUUCUUCCCAAUCUUAACCGUGCUUCAGGCAGUUGGUGGAGGCCUUUUAUAUUAUGCCUUCCCAUACAUUAUAUUAGUGCUAUCUUUGGUUACUCUGGCGGUGUACAUGUCGGCUUCUGAAAUAGAGAACUGCUAUGAUCUUCUGGUCAGAAAGAAAAGACUUAUUGUUCUCUUCAGCCACUGGUUGCUUCAUGCCUAUGGAAUAAUCUCCAUUUCCAGAUUGGAUAAGCUUGAGCAAGAUUUACCCCUUUUGGCUUUGGUACCUACACCAGCUCUUUUUUACUUGUUCACUGCAAAAUUUACUGAACCUUCACGGAUACUCUCAGAAGGAGCCAAUGGACACUGAACAUAAAAAUGUAAAAUGCCAAAAACCUGAGAAGUGUUCCUAAUAAAAAAGUAAAGAAUUUUUAAAAAAUGUAUUAGUACUAUUCUGUCAUACAUGAGGGCAAGAUUAUCAGCAUAUCUUAAAGUCUGGGUUUUUGCUUUUUUGUUUUUGGCUUACCAGAUUUUAUAGUUAGACUUAUAGCUGGGGAAGAACAAAAUAUCCUAAUACUCUGUUAUACAGUAUAAUAGUAUCAAUUACACUAAAAGCCUUUUAGGAAGCACUUGCCUCUUUCAGCAAUUAAGUUAUUCUUUAGAGCAAAACCAUUGUUCUGAGUAUCUGGCAAUGUGUUAUUCCCAUUUUAUUAAGAAAAACUUUAACAAAUAUAAUCUGAAAUUCUUAGCAGUGGCAUAAUUGUGCAUGUUUAUUGGUUUUCAAUUUGUUUUCACCUGUAAUUAAUUAUAAAGACAUACUUGUGGGGUCAGAUAGCAGAUAGAAAUAAAGUAUAUUGUUUUUUGUUAUCUAUUUAUUUUCACCAAUACAUAUUUUGAUAUACUAUGAAAAUAGAGCAUAAUUUAUAGAACAGGUUUUUUGCUUAUAAAUAGUUUGGUUGAAGACUUGUUUAGAUCAUUUUUCCUGUAAAGAAAACAAUAAUAAAAAGCUUAACUACACAAAAUCUAAGUGUUCUGCCAUUGAAUAGUUUUUUGGAACAAUAAUUAUGGAAGUAAUUCAGAAUUUUAAGUAGUAAGAUUAGUGUCUCUUUCCCAAGUGAAUAAAUACUUGUACUUACAUAUAUUUUCGUUCUUCUUAUAUCUUAUUUUUGAAGGAUAUAUGUACAUACCAUAUUUUAUCCAUUCAGAGACACAUUUUUUCACAGUUUUGACAUCUCUGAAUUAGGGUACACCUUAUAAUCAAUGGUUUCUUAGAUUUAAUGAAAUAAAGAAUAUACAGUAUAUAAA